CACCAUGAAAGCACCAAUGAAAUUGGGAGUCGCCGGGGUCAUAGUUUUCCUCGUCGGCACUGUCGUCGGAUUCUGGGGUUUUUAUAAAUUCCUCUAUUAUAAAAUCGGACAAAGUGUAGCGUUGUCGAAAGACAGCGAGAUGAGGAAGACCUGGUCAAAGAUGCCACUAGCCCUCGAGUUCAAGGUACACAUCUUCAACGUGACAAACCCAGACGAAGCGCACGAUGGAGCGAAGCCGAAUGUGAAAGAGAUCGGCCCGUAUUUUUUCGAAGAAUGGAAAGAGAAGGUGAAUCUUGAAGACGACAACACCGACGACACGGUCUCUUUCAACAUGAAGGCGAAGUGGAUCUUCAGACCUGAUCUCUCCGGCGGGCUUACAGGAGAAGAAGUAGUCUUCAUUCCACAUCCUGCCCUUUUGAGUAUGGUAUUAACUGCUGAAAAAGAAAAACCUGGCGCGCUGCCGAUGCUAGCGAAGGCGCUUCCUCCUCUUUUCAAUUUCCCCUCGACCGUGUUUGUUCCCGUCAAAGCGAUGGACAUCCUGUUCAGGGGGAUUCCGAUAAACUGCACCUCGACUGAAUUCGGCCCGAAAGCCGUUUGCACGAUGAUUAGGCAGAAUCCCAGGGGUAUGAUACCCGACGGGAAGAACAUAUUUCUCUUUUCAUUUUUUGGAGCGAAGAACAACACUCCUGAAGCGGGGAGAUUCACCGUUCAUAGGGGCGUGAGGAAUCCGAAGGAAGUCGGCAUGAUGGUCAAGUUCAACGGCAAGACGGAGCAGAACGUCUGGUCAGGGCCGGAAUGUAACGCUCUCAAAGGGACAGAUUCGACCAUCUUUCCGCCAUUUUUGUCAAAAGAUGAAGAAGCACUGUCCUUCGCCCCAGAUCUAUGCAGGUCAAUUGGAGCCAGGUACCAGCACCCGACCGUUUACAAAGGGAUACCUGGGAAUUUUUACACAGCCACCCUCGGCGACAUGUCGGCAAACGAAGAUGAAAAGUGUUUUUGUCCUAGUCCGACCACUUGUUUAAAAAAAGGAGCUUUUGACAUUUACAAAUGCGCUGGAGCGCCGAUCAUUCUCACACUUCCUCAUUUUUACGAGGCGGACCCGAGCUACCUGGACGAAAUCGACGGCCUCCACCCUCAGGCCGAGAAGCACCAGAUCUUCAUCAACUUUGAACCGAUAACAGGAACACCCCUCGGCGCAAGAAAAAGGCUCCAGUUCAAUAUAGGAAUACACGCGAUUAAAAAAGUACCGUUGAUGAAGAGCCUACCAACAGCCCUUGUACCUAUGUUUUGGGUCGAAGAGGGCUUGGAGUUGAACCAGGAUUUCAUCGACAUACUCGACGCGAACCUGUUCCGCACCCUGAGGAUAAUCGGAGUAGCUAAAUGGGUCAUCACAAUAUUAGGUCUGAUCCUGAUCGGCGCAGGCGUUUUACUCCAUUUCUACAGGCAGAAGGGCAGUGCAGAAGAGAACACAAAAAAUGUCAACGUGUCGUCCGUCACCCCUAAAAAAUACUGACUAGUCCAACACAAUUUCACGUUGUUUGCAACUGAAAUAUAGUUUUGUAUAUUUUUUCGUAUUCUCUCGCAAAGUUUUGUGGAAAGGAGAACAAACUUUGCGAGGUGUUUGUUGACUGUAUUGAAAUUUUAGAAUAAAAUUGUUAUUUCCUUA